AUGUCGCUUGUUGCUACUAGAGAACGACGUCCUAAUGCCGGCAAUAGGAUGAGGGAGCUUCUUGAACGGGAAUUGGAAAUAGAAGAAAUGUUUGAAGAAGUGGCAAAUGAUGAAGAUUUUAUGAUGAUUCAAGAAGAGGAUGAUGCUGUUGAUUCCGACUUCGAUCAAAGUACAGCAGAAGAGGAUGAUGAUGAUGAAGCUGCGGAAAAACAAAUUUUGGCAGAUGAAAAAAUCGAGAAAAAGAAGAGAGCAAAGAAAUCCAAUUUAACGCCCUUAGCUCCGUUUUUACGCGCAGAUAAAAAAAAAUCUGUAAUAGCAUCAAAAGUUGUUCCUGGUCGAGAAAUCAAAAACGAAUCAACUAAAGUAAUAUCAGAAAAGAAAAAGAAACAAGCCUUUCAAGUUCCUCUCUUAUCUGGAACUCGUUCUUCAUCCAGAACUCAUACAGUUCAGAGUAAACAAAUGUUGGCAGAAAAACUGAAAGAGUAUGAAGCGAGAAAGGCUUUAACUCCAAGAAAAGAAAAGAUUCCUGAAAAAAGAAAAACUCAGGAAGAGUUACUUGUACAAGCAAAAAUAACGGAGGAGAAAAAUUUGGCAUCAUUGCGUGCUUAUGAAGUAAAGGAGGCAGAAAAGAAAAAGACAGUAGGCAAAUUUAAUAAGAUUAGAAUUACUGGACCUUUCAUCCGUCAGAUUUCUUAUGUAUGUAGUGAUGAUAAUAGGAAUAAGAAAAAGCCAAGGUUAAUAACAGAGGUUUCAACGGAUGAAGACGGGAACAUAAUUGCGAGAGAGAUACAUAGUGAAAAUGGCGAAAAUAAUACAAAUGAUAUGAAUGUUACAAAUGAUCAGGAAGAAAAGGAUCUAGAAAAGGAGCAAGAACAGGAGCAAGAACAGGAGCAAGAAAAGGAGCAAGAUAACGAGCAAGAAAACAGGGAGGCAAGAAAUUUAAUUAUAUUUAAAGAUUUUGAUAAAAAACUUGAAGCUGAGUUAUUUCAAGAGUGGAAGACAAAUCCUCAAG